AUGAAAAGUGAAAUAGGACAUUCAAAUGCGUUAUAUCCAAUAGCAGUAUUAAUUGAUGAAUUAAAGCAUGAUGAUGUAGCUUUUCGUCUUAAUGCUAUUCGAAGACUUUCUACAAUUGCACUUGCUCUUGGACAAGAAAGAACAAGAAAUGAGUUAAUUCCAUUUUUAGACGAGUCUAUUGAUGAUGAUGAUGAAGUUUUAUCUGCUUUAGCAGAAGAAUUGGGAAAUUUUGUUCAAUAUAUCGGUGGGCCUCAAUAUGCACACGUGCUUCUUAGUCCUCUUGAAAGUCUUUCCGCUUGUUUUAUUAAUACUUUAUGGGCCGUUGAUUCUCUUAAUAAAAUUGCUGAAAUUUUUACAACAGAGCAAAUUGAGGAAUAUAUGAUUCCUCUUAUUAAUCGCUUAAGCUCUGGUGAAUGGUUUACUUCUCGCACCUCAGCUACUGGUUUAUAUACAACUGUUUAUAAGCGUGCAACAAAAUCUAUUCAGGAUUCUCUCCGUAAAAAUUUUAGUUAUUUGUGCUCUGAUGAUACACCUAUGGUCAGAAGAGUUGCUGCUACAAAUUUUUGUAAAUUUGUGCUUCAGGUGAAUAAAUGCCAGGUUAUUGAAGAUUUGAUUCCUGUUUUUAAUGUUAUUGCAUCAGAUGAUCAGGACUCUGUGAGAUUAUUGUCUGUUGAGCCCCUUAUUGCAAUUGCAAAAGUUCUUGCUUCUCCUUCAGAUGUCAAUUAUUAUUUGUUGCAGAAUUUAAGAUGUCUUACUUCUGAUAAAAGUUGGAGAGUACGGUAUAUUGUUGCUGAUCAUUUUAAUGAGCUUGCGAGUGUUGUUGGUAAAGAAGUAAUUGAUUCCGAUAUGUUGCCUUCUUUUCUUCGGUUACUUAGAGAUAUAGAGGCUGAAGUGAGGACUGCAAUUGUGGGUCAGAUUCCAGGAUUUUGUAAAUAUGUAAACUGUCAAAUUGUUUUGGACGAAAUUCUUCCUGUUUUAAGGAAUUUAAUAACUGAUCCUUCACAGCAUGUAAGAGCUGCAUGGGGAAAACAAAUUAGUUUGCUUUCUCCUGUAUUAGGGAGAGAAAUUACUAUAGAACAUCUUCUUCCUAUAUUUCUUCAAUUAUUAAAAGAUGAAUUUCCUGAUGUUAGACUUAAUAUUAUAUCAAAACUUGAGCAAGUUAAUAAUGUUAUUGGUAUAGAACUUCUUUCUCAAUCUCUUCUUCCUGCUAUAGUUACGCUCGCUGAAGAUAAACAAUGGAGAGUCAGAUUAGCAAUCAUUGAAUACAUACCUUUAUUAGCAAGUCAACUCGGUGUUGAAUUUUUCGAUGAAAAGUUAACUGAACUUUGUAUGUCUUGGUUAGGUGAUAGUGUUUUUUCUAUUCGAGAAGCUGCUAUUUUAAAUCUCAGAAAAUUGACUGAAGUUUUUGGCGUUUUGUGGGCAAAAAAAACUAUAAUUCCGCGUGUACUUUCUAUGGGGAAUCAUGAAAAUUAUCUUUAUCGUAUGACUACUAUAUUUGCUAUUGUUUCACUUGCACCUAUAGUAGGUGUUGAUAUAGUCAGAAAUUAUAUUUUACCUACUGUGAAUAAUUUGGUUGAUGACAAAAUUCCAAAUAUUAGAUUUAAUGUUGCUAAAUCUUAUAAAGUUUUAUUUGAUGUUUUAAAAGAUUCACCUGAUGGUUUAGAGUUGUUUAAUGCGCAGAUUAAGCCAUCAUUGGAAAAAUUAUGUAAUGAUCCAGAUACAGAUGUUAGAUUUUUUGCUAAUAUGGCAAUUAUGACACAAUAA